AUGAGUCAAACAAUACGUAGAACAAAAUUUAGGAUUAAGGAUGUAAUUGAUAGUAAUCUUAAUAAUUAAGAGCAAUCUGCUUAAAAAGUAAUAUAAACUUCAUAUAUCAAACAAAAUGUUGAUGACUUCAAUUCUUUAAAAUAAACUUUGGAAGAUCGCAAAUUAACAUUUAUAAAAUUUGCAUUUUAAUAGCAGGAACUUAUAGAAGAUCGAAAUUUAGGUCCAGUUCUCACUGGAUUGUGUAGACACUAAAAUGUUGGAUCUAUGUCAGUUAGUGAAUUAAUACCAAAAUCUUAAAUUCAUACUUACCUUCUUUAAGCAUAAUAGGAUAGACCAAAAAGAGUAUUAAAACGAUUUGCUCAUUGGGAAUGGGAUAAAGAUUAAGGUCGUGAUAAAAAUCCAAUGAAUUAUUAGUUUACUUAAAGAAAUGAAGCUGAGAUUAAAUCAAAAUUAAAAAAAAAAGAUGGAGAAAUUAGUUUGAGAAGGAGAAUCCUGUAAAAAUGGUAAAAACAUUUACCUAGCUUAACAGGACUUGAUGAAUUUGGAAAAUAAUUUACAAUGGAUCAUUCUUCAUUGAAAAAGCCUUUUUCAUUAAGUCCUACUCCAAAGCAAGAGUCAUAUCAUCAAAUUACAAAUUGGUUGCAAGAAUUAGAAGAAUUAAAACUUGACAAUGAAAGAGUGAAGAAGUAUAAAGUGAUUAAAUUAGAAAAUUGGAAAGAACAUUGUAGAGCUUACAUAGAACAUGA